AUCAACUUUUAAGUUUGCAAUGAGAUGAAUGUCCCUUUGUUUAGGUUACCCCUUAUUGGAUAACAGCCUUUCCUUUGUUUCGUAAUGGGUUAAGUUAAUUUUUAUUUUAUUUUGAUUUUAUUUUUAUGUUUAUUAUCGUUUAAUUAUUGUUCAGUCUCUUGGAUUUAGUUUAAUUUCCUUUAAUAACAUGGUGUGUGAACAUCCAGGUGAAGUAAUCUUUGAUGAAACUAGGGUUUCUUGUAUCACCUUUAUCGAUGGGUUUGGUUGAACUGAAAGGGAAAGCUUCAAGGCGAUUUUUGACUAUCAUGUGGCUGAUAUCGUCAUCGUUAUGAAUUAAACAAAUAAGCCUGAUUUUGAAGUCAUUUCCAAUCUUUGUAUCAUUUCUCGCUGGUUUGGCUAAUUCUCGGCUGGUUCUCGGCUGGUUCUUGGCUGGUUCUCUCCUAAUUAUAUGGAUUAGUUAAACAUUAGUCUUACAAUUACUGAUCAUAAUGCCAAGACUUACGGUUUAGUUAUGUAUCCUGACUGAUCAAGGAAAAGAUUCAUAAGUCGUGAUGAAUCCAAGAACCGUUGAAACCAUGAGUUUCGAGGCAAUGGAAACAGAAAAGGCUACUUGGAUGAAAAAGAUCAACUCAAUUCCCGGCAUCGGACUCAUUAUGGGCAUGUUGUCUGGUAUAUUUUUGGCCACUGGAAGUUUAACAGUGAAAUUGGUUCAUUCACUAUCAGGAAUUGAAGUGGCCAUAGCAAGAUCCUUGGUAACUGCUGUUGUCACUUUACUGAUUGUCGCCUUUAACCGGGAACGUUGGAUUCCUCCUGUUGGUGAAAAAUGGCCUUUAUUUAUUCGUGCAUUCACUGGCUGUUUGGCCCUACUUUUAUCCUAUUCAUCACUCAAACUAAUUCCUCUUGGUGAUUCCCAGUCGAUCGUAUUUUCAUCUCCCGUUCUUGUCACAAUUUGGGGCUGUUUAUUGCUUAAAGAGCCUUGUGGUUUCAUUCAAGUGUUUGCCUUAAUUGCUGUUAUGGUUGGCAUUUUCCUCAUCUCACAGCCUAGCUUUUUAUUUCCUGCUUCAAUCGCCGUGUCAUCGUCAUCAGGAUUGUCUGACCACACGAUUGGUUUAAUAAUGGCUUUAGGUUCUUGCCUUUUUGCCUCGUGCACCUUUGUGUGUAUGCGUCGUUUACCCAAAACACCGGCAUCAAUUGUAGUCUUUUGGUAUUCCAGUUUUUGUACUGUUGCCGGUUUGAUUGUUUCCUUUGUCAAUGGAUCUUUUAAAUUGCCCGAUUCAACUGGUGACUAUUUAUUACUCUUGGUGUGUGGAUUGACUGGAUUAGCUGGCCAAGGGAUACUAACUUUAGCUUUAAAAGUUGAACAUGCUGGACCAGUUUCACUGGCUCGUUCAAUUGAAAUUGUGAUGGCAUUUAUUUAUCAAGUAUCAGUUUUACAUGAACCACUUUCAAUGUAUAGUUUACUUGGAGCCUUCAUUUUAGGUCUUGGUGUGAUUGCAGUUGGUCUUCAUAAAUGGUACCUUAGUGACCCUCAAAGAUUCAAGCGUAUCUUUUGCUGUGAAAGUUAACCCAAAGAAAAACAUUGACAUUGUAUAAUUUGAUUCUUAAACCUAAUCCAGAUUUACACAAAUCCUUGGCUAGACCUCGCAUGCAGGUUUGUUAUUAUUUGCAGCACAUGAGUUAAUAUCACAGCCAUUCAUGUGCUUAAUGUAACUACAUGUAAGAUACUGAGCAUCCUUAAACUCAUUUGAUAGAGAUACAAAAGGCUUAAGUGCAACCAUUGAAAUAAACAUUAAUUCAACAUCAUUUGACGACAGAAAAAGGUGUGAAAUUACAUGAAACAUAGCUACAAUUUAAUCAGCUAGGAAACCAUUCCUGGUAAACCAAAGUGAUUACUGGUUUUGUUGUUUGUUAUCUUGACAAUGCUCAAUGAAAACAUAGUAAAUCUGGAAAGAUGAUCACUCACAUUUCAUUUUUACAAUCAUCGUAAAAAUUGAGAAUCGCUUUUAAUCCAAUGAAAUCCAGAAUUGUAAUUGAUCUAAAGACCUUUUCGUUCAACCAUUCAGCAUAUUCACCAAGAUUAUAUCUUUACAUAAAACGGAAUUACCUUUGAGUUGUAAUUUAAUUGUCUAACAUUUACAUAUAAUAAAGGAUUUAAGCAAACAAUGAUAAAUCUCUUGUAACAAUCACAUUCAUGGGUGAAAAAAUCCAACCAACAUUGUUAAGUCUUUUUUACAUGUUGAACAUAAAAAAAGAUAAAAUCAAUGGUAAUGUUUACAUUUUGAUCUCAAAUCAUUUCUUAAUUGUUCACCUUGCAAAGCCAAUAAGGAUAUAAUAUAAACAUUUAAACAAAACUGUGUAAUUAGCAAGUACAAUGGAUAAUUGUGUGAACUAUCAUUUAUAAUUAAUCACAAAAUUACCGUUGAUUGUAAACCUUUCAAGGUCCAUUAAGCCAGUAAAUAAACCAGCUGAUUCACAAUGGC